AGCUGCACCCAGCGAUAUCCUGUCUCAAAUGACGGUUGACGAGGAAGUAUUCGCAUUUGAUGCAACUGCAAAUGCUGAAGAGGAAAUGGAUCUAGGCCCAGGUCUAUAUGAAGAAGAGGAAGAACAACAGUCACCUGCGACCAGCAAGGCGCAAAUGUUCCAAGGAAACGUUUACAAAGACACAGACGUAAUGUUGGAUGCGGACAAAGCAAUAACAUUUAUCGAACCUGUCCUAUUUGUCAUCAGGAAAGCAUAUGGUACAAUAUGUGGUUUGCACAGAAGAGAUGGUGUUCUCGUACAAACUUCCGUGGACAGCGCUUCUUGUCAGUUGGAAGUGCAGCGCUGAUGCAGCCCCUUGUUCGAGGAAGAUGGUGCUCACAGCCACUCAUCAGAGACAUGUACGCUUUCAACCUCCUGCU